AACAAAGCAGCCUCUAUAUAUAAUCUAGUUAGUUACUUUGGCAAAACCAUGAACCCAUGAUCAUGAUCAUGAUGAUGAACAAAACCAAACCCCAUGUCCUCCAUCUCCUGCUAGUGCUAUCGUGCACUUGGGUGCUCACAGUUUCUGCUACCAGCGAUGCCUAUCCCAGCGUCUCCGACUGUGGCGUCGUAGACGAGGUAGCCGUUCCAGUACGGAGGGAAGUGUACGGAGAAGGUAAGAUAUUUGACAUAAGCCACAGGUACAGGGAGGACAUGCCGUCGUUUCAAUCGGACGAUGGGCUUGGCCAGUUCCUGUGGCUCCGCUUGUCCAUGAAGAACGGCUUCAUCGUCAACGUUUCAGAGCUCAAGUUCUCUACUCACUCCGGCACCCAUGUCGACGCGCCGGGCCAUGUGUUCGACCACUACUAUGACGCUGGCUUCGACGUCGACUCUCUCGACCUGGAAGUGCUUAACGGUCCUGCGCUGUUAGUUGAUGUUCCAAGGGAUAAGAACAUUACUGCUGAAGUUAUGAAGUCCUUGAAUAUUCCCAAGGGAGUUCGUCGUGUGCUUUUCAGAACAUUAAAUACUGACAGGCAGCUAAUGUGGAAAAAGGAGUUUGCCACAGACUAUGUGGGAUUCACGAAGGAUGGGGCAGAAUGGUUGGUAGAGAACACGGAUAUCAAACUUGUUGGAGUUGAUUACCUAAAUGUUGCUACUUAUUUUGAUGCAAUUCCAGCUCAUCAUGCUUUUCUUGAAGCCAGGGAAAUCAUUAUUGUGGAAGCUGUGAAGCUUGAUCACUACAUCCAAGCAGGAAUAUAUUCCCUUCAUUGCUUACCCCUUCGGUUGCCUACUUCUGAUGGAUCACCAGCAAGAUGUAUUCUCAUCAAAUGAUAUUUUACAUGUAUGUUUUAUAUUGUUGUAAGAGAUAUGGUAUCACCAACUGUGACUUUGUAAGCCAUGUGAUGUCUCUCGGGGGGCCAUGGCCACCCUCUGACCCAAUGGGAAAAUAAUUGCAAUGGUGAGGAAGGUAAUUGAAAGGAGUAAAUAUAUGGAAGAAGUAAAGAGGUGGUGGGAAUUGAACUUUGGAAAGAGGAAAGUAUUAGGAAAAUAAAGAUGAAAAAGAAAAAAGAAAAAGUUGGGUUAAUUUUGAUGAAAUGGCGAGAUGGUUGGCAGGAUAUAUAUAUAUAUAUAUAUACCUCAAAAUGCCACGUGAGUGUAUAACCAUAUAUUAUUGAUAUUGAAAUAUUAUGUUUCAAUGACCAAAUCGAAAUGGCUAUGGAAUUAUAUUCAAAACAUUGGUUGGUGGUGGUUGAUAGCACCAAGUUUGCCAAUGGGAUUUGUUUUAGAACAACUAGUCGCAGGCCCAUGCGUGAGAAUAAGUAAUUAUUUUGUAAUUGUAGUAUAAUGUAUAAUUUUUUUCUUAAAAAUUUAUUGAAGAUAAUUUGUUCUUUCUAAAAAUUAAACAAUUUCUAUUUGAUCUAA